GGAAUGGAGUGCAUAUUUUGGAUGUCAGCAGCGGGGCGUCUUCAGGAAACAAAGCAUCCCUGGAACGGUUAGAUACCAAUGAUUUCUAAGGGCAGGAGCUGGUAGAUUGGAAACGCGCCAAAAGAUGCCAAGUGAGAUGCUUGAGAGCAGCAGUGGGAUGGAGGAAACAGUGCAGAAAGAGAGCAAACCUGGAGGCCACAGCCCUCGCUGCGGCUCCAUGAGGAGGCCUGUGGCAACGACUGUCACCUUUGAUGGAGAAGCUACUAUGGACCGUAGGAAAAAGAAGAAGAAAGAGUCCCGUCCUGAGUCAAUAAUAGUGUAUCGCUCAGAGAACGAGAAUAAGGUAGAAGAAGAGCAGGCAGAAGAAGGAGGAGAGGAGAGGAGCUCUGAGGAAGGCUCCAAGUUCCUGGGUCAUUCCAUGGCGGAUGGUGUCUGGAGUACGCCUUUGGACAGCCGAUACGUCACCUUGACUGGAACAAUCACCAGGGGAAAGAAGAAGGGCCAGAUGGUGGACAUCCAUGUAACACUAACAGAUAAAGAGCUGCAGGAACUGGCUAAGUCAAAGGAACCUCCUAAGGAGGACGUACCCGAGAAGAAAAACACAUGUGAUGUUGGGCUGGACAGAGGCCCUCACAUCGUCCUCUGGACCCUUAUCUGCCUCCCCAUCAGUUUUGUAGUGUCUUUUGUGGUUUCAUUCUACUAUGGAACCAUUACGUGGUACAAUAUCUUUUUGGUGUACAACGAAGAGAGGACCUUCUGGCACAAAAUCACCUUUUGCCCCUUCUUGAUCAUCUUCUAUCCAUUCAUAAUCAUGGUCUUGUCUUUUUCUCUAGGCCUGUACUCAGCUGUGACCCAGGUGACUUGGUCCUUUGGGGACUGGUGGCAUGCUGUCAGGGACAUGGAGAAGGGCUUCUGUGGCUGGCUCUGCAGCAAGCUAGGCUUGGAAGAUUGCUCUCCAUACAGCAUUGUGGAGCUGCUAGAUUCUGACAAUAUCUCAGGUAGUCUCUCUGGCAAGAGCUCUGCGCAGGGGGUUGAGACUUCAGCAGUCUGAAGCUUUGUCUUGGCUGACUCAUAAGCAAGUGGUUUUCACCUAGAAAA